UUAUAGUUUUUCAGAGAUAAUGUCAUUUCAAGUGAUGGACUAUUAUCUCAAAGAUAAGACUAAAACAAUCUCUUGAUUAUAAUAUUAAAACUAUUUAUUAAUUAGUUUGUUGUUUGCGAAGAAAAAAGAGAUUGAAAUAUAAGAGAAAAUGGCUGAAGAUUUUAAUGAUAUUGUCGUCAAUAAAGACGAUAAUAAUAAUAAUAAUAAUAAUGACAACAACGAUAUCAUUACCACUACUCCUACAACUGGUGGUGUUGUCGAAGAUCAUCACUAUUAUGGAGAUAAUAGCAACGACUCUACAGAUAAUGCGGUCGUCGCUAAUACCAAACAACGGCGACGACUGUUUCAGCGAUCGGUUAAUAAUAAUACGUCAGUUGUGGCGACGGCGGCGUCAGUACUGGCAGCCGAUGAAGACGAUGAAGAAUUAGAUGAUGACGACGACGAUGAUGAUGACGAGUCGUCGUCACAGUAUUGCCAAUCGAUGGUAUCAGAAGAGAUGAUGAUAAUGUUGAACAACAACAACACCAAUAAUAACUGGUGUCCGACAACAACACCGGCUGAUCAAUCGAUUAUGAGAGAGUGUGUCAACUGUUCCACACAAAAGACAAGCCAAUGGCGUACUAACGGCAGCGGACAUUAUCUGUGCAAUGCGUGCGGUCUCUACAAGAAGUACAAUGGAGAGGACAGACCACCGGCCGAUCUGGUGGUGACCCGCAAGAAGAAUUGUUCGGCACCGAAACAGUGUUCAAACUGCGGUACACUAACCUCAUCGAUGUGGCGCAGGACGGCCAACAAACAGGUGGCCUGCAAUGCCUGCGGACUGUACUAUAAGCUGUACGGUAAACAGCGACCAAUCGAAAUGCGUAAAGAUGUUGUCUAUCCGCGCAAUCGGUAUUCAAAGCUCAAUCCGACUACCAAUAAUUGUGGCCGAUUUUUGCACGACACCAACAACAACACCGAUCAUCCGCCACCGUCACCACUACAACAUAAUAGCCCCGAUGAUAGUCCACUGAAUUUGAUUGGCGGUAAAAAUGAUUUCGAUUACUACACUAAUAAUAAUAAUAAUAUCAAACAACUGAAGAAAACAAAACACACAACAAAACUGGCGGCCUUUAGCAACAACCACAACAAGUUAGCCAUCAAUGAUAGGACCAACAUAUCAUCAUAUAUUGAAUCGACAACUGAUGACGAAAAACCAAUUGAUUUGAAACGAUCGAAUGGAUCAGCUAAUCGACAACAACAACAACGACAGUCAUUAGCAUCAAUGAUGACUGCUGCUACUGGUGGUGGCGGUAGUGUUGAUCAAUACGAUAUUAAACCAUCACCUGUACAGCAGAUACUAUCACUUUACGAUAGUAUGCAUAAUAAUAAAGAUUUUAAUACCUGUAAUACAAAUACCAUAAGUGCUAUCACCGAUUGUUUUCGCCAGUGCGCCAAAUGCGGUGCCAAUGUUGUCACACAAUUUGGUGUCCAUUUUGGUCACUAUUUAUGCAAUGAAUGUGGUAUUGCAUCUAAUGAUAGUAAUAAUAAUGAUAAUAAUAAUAGUAAUAAUAGUAAUAACGAUAAUAAUCAUCAAUUGUUGUUAAAGUCAUCAUUAAUCGGAAGUGAAUCGGAAAUAAAGUCAAAUUCUGUGGUAAAUGACAUGGAUAAGAUUAGUCUUAAAAAGAAGAGCCGUGAGAUCAGCUGCAGUAAUUGUGGUGUAACCAAAUCGAGCGAAUGGCGCCGUUCGCCGUCCGGCCAGACUGUUUGCAAUGCCUGCGGCCUAUACUAUAAGUUGCACCACAAGAAUCGGCCCAUUCAUAUGCGGCGCGAUUUUAUUACACAUCGUAAAAGGACUGCCACCGCCAACAACAACAACAGCAAUAACAACGCUAUGAAUGCUAUUAUCGCAUCUGUUCCUACCAUUACAACCACCAACAACAACAACGCCAUCAGCAGUACAGGCGAUACAACAACAACUGUUCAGCCAUUCAGUAGUGAACAACAUAUUUAUUACAAUCAAAAUAUGUUUAUUAAUCAUAAUAAUGAUAAACAUAUAAACAUUAAAUCUGAAUUGUCAUCACCGUUGAUGACAACUACUAUGACAAGUGAUAAUAAUUACCACUCUUUAAUCGACAGCAGCAAUAAUAUUAAUAUCAAUAAUAAUAUCAAUAAUAAUAAUAAUAAUGAUUAUUAUUAUGCACUAACUAAUCAUCAAUUGUUAUUAAUGACAACAUCUUCAUCGAAAAAACGCAAACAAAGUAAUCCUAAGAAGUUAGUCAUUCCUCAAAGUUAUCAAUAA